AUGUCAGCCUCUGCUUCCGUCACUUCUAUCUUGAACCUGCGCGAUGUGGGUGCGACAGUCAAUAACUUUCUGGGCGCGAGGGAGGGCCUUCUUUUUCGCUCAGCUCGACCUGAUGAGGCUUCCUCCGAGGACAGAGAUCGUCUGAAAAAUGACAUUGGUAUCAAGACGGUCGUCGAUCUACGCACCAAGACCGAGCAUCUGAAGCAGAUGCAAAAGCGUCAACCACUACACCAGCCUGGUCCCGUAGCCGCCAUCCAGACAAAUGAUGAUAUAGCGCAGAGUGUCAAGAUUCCUGGCCUGCACUACGUUAAUGUCAGCUUAGCGGGGAAGGGACUGGAGCGGCAUCUCGCAUGGCAGCUAUCGUGGUGGAAUUUUUUCCAACUCAUAUUCUACCACAUAAUCGGGCAACGCGUCAAGGUUAUGGCUAUCAUGGGUCGUGAAGUCUUGCAGGUGCGAGGCCUUGUUGGGCUCGGGCUUGAUACCCUCGACUAUUGCCAUGGCGAGACCGUUCAGGUCCUUCGAACGUUCCUCGACCAGCAAGCUCUUCCGUCUCUUGUCCACUGUACGCAAGGGAAGGACAGAACUGGCUUGAUCAUCGCACUCGUUCUCAUGAUCUUGGAUGUUCCGAUCCCGGCCAUUGAGCACGAUUAUGCGCUGACGGACGCGGCACUCAAUGCGAACCAGGACGUGCGGUUCAAGGAGAUACAAGAGGUUGGCCUCUCAAAGAGCUGGGGACGUACGGACCCAAAUAUGAUCAAGGCGAUUGCGGAACAUAUAACAACCCACUACGGUGGACUGGACCAAUAUCUAGAUCUUAUAGGGUUUGGCCAGGACCAGAGGGACAGGCUGAGAGAGCUUCUGCUGUACUGAACACUGGAGAAGCAAGUCUGGGUACACGCACGCUUUUACGGAUUUUUGUAUUGGAUAUGAGCUCAUAUCUUCUUGAAUUUACCCUGCAUCCAGCAGCGGUACAUCCUCAACUUGCGGGCGCGGUUUACGAGCAUCCGCCUGUCAACACCGAGAUCCUCAAUCUCAAACAGCUCCUUUGUAGCAGCUUCACCCUCCUUCUCAACGACACCCUUCCAGAU